AGGCCCCGCCCCCCGCCCACGAGGAAGUGGCCGCGGCGCCCGCGGGGCGAGAGCCGGCUCGGCGCGUCGACUGCCCAGAGUCCGCGGCCGCGGCGCCCCGAGGGUGCAGGAGUGAGCGAGCAUGGCCUACCACAGCUUCCUGGUGGAGCCCAUCAGCUGCCACGCCUGGAACAAGGACCGCACACAGAUCGCCAUCUGCCCCAACAACCAUGAGGUGCACAUCUACGAGAAGAGCGGGGCCAAGUGGGCCAAGGUGCAUGAGCUCAAGGAGCACAACGGGCAGGUGACAGGCAUCGACUGGGCCCCUGAGAGCAACCGCAUCGUGACCUGUGGCACAGACCGCAAUGCCUACGUGUGGACCCUGAAGGGCCAUGUGUGGAAGCCCACGCUCGUCAUCCUGCGGAUCAACCGGGCCGCCCGCUGCGUGCGCUGGGCCCCCCAAGAGAACAAGUUCGCCGUGGGCAGCGGCUCCCGUGUCAUCUCCAUCUGCUAUUUCGAGCAGGAGAAUGACUGGUGGGUGUGCAAGCACAUCAAGAAGCCCAUUCGCUCCACCGUCCUCAGCCUGGACUGGCACCCCAACAACGUGCUCCUGGCCGCUGGCUCCUGUGACUUCAAGUGUCGGAUCUUCUCAGCCUACAUCAAGGAAGUGGAGGAACGGCCGGCACCCACACCAUGGGGCUCCAAGAUGCCCUUUGGGGAGCUGCUGUUCGAGUCCAGCAGUAGCUGCGGCUGGGUGCACGGGGUCUGCUUCUCUGCCAGUGGGAGCCGUGUGGCCUGGGUCAGCCACGACAGCACCCUGUGCCUGGCCGACGCGGAGAAGAAGAUGGCCGUCGCCACCCUGGCCUCUGAAACACUUCCGCUGCUGGCCCUCACCUUCAUCACGGAGAACAGUCUGGUGGCAGCGGGCCACGACUGCUUCCCGGUGCUGUUCACCUACGACGGCGCGGCGGGGGCGCUGAGCUGCGGCGGGCGGCUGGACGUGCCCAAGCAGAGCUCGCAGCGCGGCCUCACGGCCCGCGAGCGCUUCCAGAACCUCGACAAGAAGGCGAGCUCCGAGGGCGGCCCCGCGGCGGGCGCGGGCCUGGACUCGCUGCACAAGAACAGCGUCAGCCAGAUUUCAGUGCUCAGUGGGGGAAAGGCCAAGUGCUUGCAGUUCUGCACCACGGGCAUGGACGGCGGCAUGGGCAUCUGGGAUGUGAAGAACUUGGAGUCAGCUUUGAAGGACCUCAAGAUCAAGUGACCUGUGAGGAAUGUGUCGCCCUCAUCCUGGCUGCUGAGGGCAUGGCGCAAUGAGGGGGUCAGGAAGCUAAGAGUCGCUUUGCUGCAUGUUUCUGGGGUGCCACAGUGGUCCCCCACAGUGGCUGCUUCCUCAGGAGUAGGGGUGAGGGUGGGGGUGGGGAGCUUAUCUUACCUAUUGAAGGAACAGUGCCUUUUUCUCAGAGAAAUAUUUUCAUUUAUUGUAAAAAAAAAAAAAAAAAAAAAUAUUGCCCAAAGCACUCUGCUGGU